GGAGCAGGAGCAGGUGGCGGAACAGGCGCUGGUGUUGGAGGAAGGUCUGCUGCUGGAGAAGCACAUGCUGGUAUUGAAGAUCCAACUCCGGUUUUAAUUCAACCAAACAAUGACUUUGGGGACCCAGUACCGGUAGCUGUAGUUGACUCUGGAAAUGUUUUACUCCCUUCCAUGUCCAACUUGGUUUUGCUUUUAGUUACUGUUCUUCACUUGAUAGCUUUGCUUUUCUAG